AUGCUAUCACACCCUACAAUGAACGGUAUAUGUUGCCCUCCAAACAUCCUAGGCCAAGAAGCAAUCGGCAUAGUCGAAGAAGUCGGACCAAAAGUCAGGACCCUCAAAGCCGGUGACCGGGUCAUCAUCUUACCCGUCAUUGCGUGUGGAAGCUGUGAUUAUUGUCAGCGGGAGGAGUACUCGCUGUGCGGGAAUACCAAUCCAUCGAAGGAGAUGAAGGCUGAGUAUUGUCGUGUUCCAAAUGCCGAUUUGACAUGUAUUCGGGCACCGCGUGGAGUUGAUGCGAGGAAGUUGCUUGGACUGAGUAAUGUCAUUACAACUGCUUGGCAUGCGCUAGAAUUGGCCGAGGUGCAGGAAGGCGAUGUUGUUGGUGUUUGGGGUUGUGGACCUAUUGGACUUGCGGUGCAGCAGUUAGCAAUGCUGCGCGGAGCGAAGAAGGUGUAUGCUAUGGAUCGGGAUUCGCAGCGACUGCGGAGCGCUGAGGAUUUCGGGAUGACGCCUGUUGAUGUGUCGCUUCAUCAAGAGGUUGGGGAGUACCUUCUGUCUAUUCAGGAAGAGGGUCUUGAUCGGGCUAUUGAGGCGAGUGGGUUCCGUAGUGUGCAGAAGCCUCCACAUGCUGCUAUGCGUGCUAUUGGGUUGGAGCGGGAUAGUGGGGAUACAUUGGAGGAUAUCAUCAAGGCUACGCGCAAGGGUGGCAAUGUUGCAUUGGUUGGGGACUUCUUCUUCACGACGCACGACUUUCCUAUUGGGCCGAUGAUGCAGAAGGCAUUGAGGGUCCGCGGGGGUCAAGUGUGUCCACAGAAGUAUUAUCCAUUCCUACUGGACCUGGUUGUUCAGGGGAAACUCGAUCCGUCAUCGAUGUUCACGUAUGAAGAUGUAUUCGAGAACAUCGCCGAGGAGUACCACAAGUUCACGCGCCAUGAAGUGCCCGGUAGACUAAAGGUAUGCUUAGUGACAUCGUUUGGACGCAGAGAACAAAAUCAAGAGAGCGGUGACAUGAACGCCGCUCAAGAAAGCUAG